AUGACGUUGUUUUCGCAGCUGAAUCAAGCGCGAAACGAGAUGAAUCGGAAGUCGAAGAAGGUCCUCGGAAGGGAGAUGAUGACGGAGACGAUGAUGUGCGUGCAAGUUUUGGCGCAUCUUCCCUGUCGGAUAUGGGCAUCAUCGAUCGAGUUGACGAAGGCAUCAUUCACGGCAGAAAAGGUGGAGAUCGCCCUGAAUAAGCUGUUCGGUGACAAGUCCAAGAAAGCGAUUGUCGGUCAGAAUGAACCGGGUUCGGUGACCUGCAUCAAUUAUGUGAAGAAGGGAACCAAGAAGCGUAAGUCGCAUGUCAACCCUGUGUUCAAGACGGAUCGGGACCCAACUCGCGAAGGUGGAUCAAUCUUUAGGACCAACAUUCAGGCUCAACCGUCGAAAAGGACGCCAAGCACCGUCAAAAAGAUUGUCACGGUUCAGUAUGUGGUCAAGAAGCAAAAGCCAACCCACGAACCACCAACGGAUGUCGAAAUGGAUGAUGAAUUCAAGAUGUCAGAGACCGAUAAAAGUGACUCGGAAAUGGACAACGGGGAAUGUCUUUUGACUUUCGGACAAGUGGACCCAAUGGAGCUGGGUGCGGCAUAA